AUGUUCACAUCGCCGGUUGGGGAGAGCUCAGUGCUGGCUCGCCUGCGGGGCUUCUUACCCCAGAUGGAGCAGGAGAACCAGAAGCUGCAGCGAGCCAUAGAGGAGCAGGGGCGGGAGGCGGUGAGCAUGGAGGCAGUGGACGAUUCACAGCAACACAUUGAGAUGGACCUAUCCGUGGGUCUGGUUGACUUGCGCACGGCUGAUGCCGUGGCGGCAGCAGAGAGGGCUUUGUCUGGGGCAGGUCAGGGGAGCUCUGUGGGCAGAGGGGAGGGGGAAGGCGAGGAGGGGGCGGCUGGGAGCAGCGAUUCUGACUCGGAAUUGGAAUCCGAGAGCGAAGAUUCCGAUGGUGAUGAUGGUGGGGAUGAGGGUGGUAUACGAAGGGCUGAUGCAAAUGGAGCCGUGAAUCACAAGCCAGUCGCCAUGACGCUUCGUAUCACAAGCAGGCCCGAUUUUGAGCUCUCCUGCGCUACUAAUUCGUCUGAUAGAGCAUCUUCUUGUAACGCGUAUCCCUCCGAAACUCGGUUCAACGGAGCUGCCGUUGACAUGACGACCCCCAACUUGGCGGACGGGACGUUAACUGACGGUGGGACACCAGCCGACGAACCAUUCGUAUUUACGGACGACAUGUACGAAGGAGGCGUGGGGGCGCCAGGGUUACCUGGUUACAACGAGUUGGGGAAAGCUCCGUUGGGAGAAGGGGAGCUGACGUAUAGAGGAAUGAACAUCCUCGCUCCCAUGGUUAGAGUGAAUACUCUCGCAUUCCGGCUGCUGGCUCUGGACUGUGGCGCGGAUAUGGUGUACAGCGAGGAGGUGAUCGACCACCGCUUUGUACAGUGCAAGAGAGUGGUGAAUUCUGCGUUGAAUUCCGUUGACUUCGUGGAGCCCAGCACGGGCAUCGUGGUGUUCCGCACGUGUGAGGCGGAGAGGACGCGAGUGGCCUUCCAGAUCGGCACUGCUGAUGCUGUCCGGGCUUUAAGGGCUGCCGAAAUCGUCUGCAACGACGUGGCAGCAAUAGACAUCAACAUGGGGUGCCCCAAGCCCUUCUCCACCAGUGGCGGCAUGGGUGCUGCUCUGCUCUCCCGCCCAGAAAACGCAUGUGAUAUCCUUACCACCGUGCGUCGCAACCUGCCUGCCUCCAUCGCACUCACCUGCAAAAUCCGUCUACUCGACUCGCCCCACCGGACAAUCGACUUCGCCCGGGCUGUUGAGAGCACAGGCAUCUCUGCUCUGGGCAUUCAUGCGAGGAAGGUUCCUCAUCGCCCGUCAAUGAAGGCGCAGUGGGAGGCACUCCCUGCAGUAGUGUCGUCGCUCUCCCUCCCUGUCAUUGCCAAUGGGGAUGUUUUCUCCUACAGUGACUUUGACUCCAUCCGAGCAGCAACAGGAGCGGCGUCAGCCAUGGCAGCACGCGGAGCUCUCUGGAACCCAACUGUGUUCCGGCCAGAGGGGCAGCAGAACUGGGAGGUGGUGAAGAGGCUGUUUCUGAGGCAGUGUGUGCGGUGGGACAAUGACUACAAGUGGUCGAAGCAUGUGAUCCGCGAGAUGAUCAUCCAUCAUGCCAAUUAUGAGAUAGGGGAGGGCAGAUGCGUCAACCGCUGCCAAACCCUUCCACAGCUCUGUGACUACUACGGCCUAUCAGAGUUCUACGAGGAGUCUCUAAGAGCAAGAGCUUUGAGGGCACAGCAGGGCAAAGCACACUGA